CUGAGAUAGCUAUACAUAUUAUUUGACAACUGCUGACCAUUAUUUAGAGUGUAAUACACGGACCAAGAAUCCAGUCAGGAAUUAUCUUGUCACUUACAAGACUGACAAUACAUCAUAACCCGAAAAAAUAAAGGCUACAGAAUGCAAUGUUCAAAACUCAAAAACAUUCUUGUUUUGUCAUUUGGAAUCCUGCUUCUAUAUACUGCUUAUAUGGGGCUUCAGACUCUGCAGAGCAGUCUAAAUAGGAUAGAAGGACUUGGUGUUGCAUCACUCAGUGUAAUGUAUGUGUCCCUCAGCCUCUCUUCACUACUGUUACCUCCCCUUUUGAUAAAGAAAAUUGGAUGCAAAUGGACAAUUGUAGCAUCAAUGUUUUGCUUCAUCUCCUACAGUCUUUGCAACUUCUACUCAAGCUGGCCUACACUUAUAAUUUCCUCUAUACUGGUUGGACUAGGAGGUGGACCUCUGUGGGCUAGCAAGAGCACAUAUAUAACAAUAACUGGAACAAAAUAUGCAGAAUCUUGUGGCAAAUUGGCAAAAGAUGUUGUGAACCAGUAUUUUGGGAUAUUCUUUCUAAUUUGCCAAACUUGCCGUGUUUGGGGAAAUCUUAUUUCUUCUUUGGUAUUUUAUCUAACACCAAAUGCAGGUCUGUAUGCACCAAAUCAAACUAUAUGUGGAGCAGGGGACUGUCCAGUUGAGUUGACUCACAGUGGAAAUAGUACAUCUGGUCGGCCAUCAAACACAGUGAUAUAUAUUCUUCUUGGAUCUUAUACUGGGUGUGGCGUGUUAGCUGUAUUAUUAAUAAUCAUAUUUUUGGAUCAAAUACAAGAAGACAGAGUUGCAAAAGAAGUAAACUGUUGUUCUACGCUGCUUUCAGCAUUUAAGCAUCUCCGUGAUAAACGUCAGUGUUUUCUUAUCCCACUCACUAUGUUUAGUGGUUUCGAACAAGGCUUUAUUGCCAGCGACUUCACUAAGUCUUAUGUAACCUGCAUCUUGGGAUUAAAAUAUGUGGGUUUCGUAAUUAUAUGUUUUGGUGUUACAAAUUCAAUAUGUGCAGCUAUAUUUGGCAAACUUGUUCAGUAUACUGGGAGAAUUCCUUUGUUUUUACUUGGAGCAGCUAUUAAUAUUGGAUGUAUCAUUGCCUUCUUGAUCUGGAAACCAGCAACUGACAACUUUGCAGUGUUUUUUGUAAUGUCUGGGCUAUGGGGCAUUGCAGAUGCAGUGUGGCAGACACUAUUAAGCUCCUUUUAUGGUGUAUUGUUUGAAAAGAAUAUGGAAGCAGCCUUUGCCAAUUUCUCCCUUUGGGAAUCCAUUGGAUUUGCUAUUGCAUUUGGAUAUAGCUCAUUUUUAUGUGUGUAUGUUAAACUCUACAUAUUAAUGUGUGUUGUUGUGGUGGGAAUUUUGCUAUAUGGAGCUGUGGAAUAUCUAGAACACAGAAAUACAUCUAGAACAAGUGAAGCAGGACCUAAAGAUUAACAUCACGUGUAGCGUAGACUUUGGAGUCACACAGAAAAUUAAUAUUGCUCUUCCUUGGGUCUGUUGUUUUUCAAUGCACAAUAUACUGUAUCCUUUGGCCAAAAUUUCAGAACCUUGAGGUGACUUGAAAUAUGCUGUGAAUUUUAGUUUAAGACAUCAUUUAUAAAACAAAAUUUUUGCUUACUUGUAUACAGUUUUUCCAUAUAGAUGAGAUAACUGAGAACUGUGCAUUUAAUCUUGUGCAAAAUGAGUCCAUGUAGAUUGUAAGCCCUCACGUGCAGGG